AUGGAGUCUUCUUGGCCUCAUAGGGAGGGCUCUGCCCCUCCCGUCAGCCACAGAGACAUAUUUAGAUCGGACAAGACGGGAGCCGGGUUCAGAAGCAGCAGGAUGGGGACUGUGCCAUGUCUUUGGUUGCCACUGCUGGUGCUGCUGCUGGGAGCACCCAUGCCAGGGGCACAGGGUGAGGAGGGACUGGACUUUCCCGAGUAUGAUGGUGUGGAUCGAGUGGUCAACGUCAAUUCCAAGAACUACAAGAAUGUGCUCAAAAAGUAUGAGGUGCUUGCCCUGCUCUACCAUGAGCCCCCUGAAGAUGACAAGGCUUCCCAGAGACAAUUUGAGAUGGAGGAGCUAAUCCUGGAGUUAGCAGCCCAAGUCCUGGAAGAGAAAGGAGUUGGCUUCGGGCUUGUGGACUCAGAGAAAGAUGCGGCUGUGGCCAAGAAACUGGGCCUGACCGAGGAGGACAGUGUGUACGUGUUUAAGGGGGAUGAGGUCAUCGAAUAUGACGGCGAAUUAUCUGCAGAUACCCUGGUCGAGUUUCUGCUUGAUGUCCUGGAGGACCCCGUGGAGCUAAUCCAGGGUGAGCGGGAGCUGCAGGCAUUUGAGAACCUUGAGGAUGAGAUCAAACUUAUCGGCUACUUCAAGAAUGAGGACUCAGAACAUUACAAGGCCUAUGAGGAUGCAGCUGAAGAGUUUCAUCCCCACAUCCCCUUCUUUGCCACCUUUGACAGCAAGGUGGCUAAGAAGCUGACCCUGAAGCUGAAUGAGAUUGAUUUCUAUGAGGCCUUCACGGAUGAGCCAGUGACCAUCCCAGACAAGCCCAACAGUGAGGAGGAGAUUGUCAACUUUGUAGAAGAGCACAAGAGGUCAACCCUAAGGAAGCUGAAACCUGAAAGUAUGUACGAGACUUGGGAAGAUGACCUAGAUGGUAUCCACAUAGUAGCCUUUGCAGAGGAGGAUGACCCUGAUGGCUAUGAGUUCUUAGAGACCCUCAAAGCUGUGGCCCAGGACAACACAGAAAACCCUGAUCUCAGCAUUAUCUGGAUCGACCCUGAUGACUUCCCCUUGCUUGUCCCAUACUGGGAGAAGACAUUUGACAUAGACCUGUCAGCCCCUCAGAUAGGAGUUGUCAAUGUGACAGAUGCUGAUAGCAUUUGGAUGGAGAUGGAUGAUGAGGAGGACCUGCCCUCAGCUGAUGAGUUGGAGGACUGGCUGGAAGACGUGUUGGCAGGUGAGAUCAACACUGAAGAUGACGAUGAUGAUGACGAUGAGGACGACGAUGAUGACUAG